AAGACCCCAAGAUUAAGGAAGGGGUAACAUCGUCAUUUAAAAUAAAGAAACACCAACCUAAAACAAACGCUCAUUUUAAGACGGCGGGACGACAAUGUUCAAUUCAUACGUUACCAUUACAACAACAAUACACGAACCAAAAAGCUUACAAAUCUCGAAACUUUAACUUCUUCAGACACAAACCAGUAUCCGAAUCCUAUACCUACCCGAAUAUGCCGAUCGGGUGGGUCAAAUCUUUACAUUGCAAAUCAAGAGCCUUCGACGAUGUGUAUCAUCAUCACUCCAACAAUGGUAAACUCGUAUUGCCAAGUUACAGCUGCAGAAAAAUCGUUAGAGACGUCGUCGAUACCCGACCCGGAUCCGUUAAGAAAAACCCAAAACCCGACCCGAGUUUACGACGUUUAUGCUCUUCUUCUCGUCGACCGGAAUCAGAAUCCAACCCCAAUCACCCGACCCGACGAAGCGUAUCUGCUCGAGCUUCCUCUGAAUCUGGUGCAUUGCCCGUUCUCACCGAUCUCCCCGACGGUCACCCGUCGAGAAACGUCGUGGAGAUUAUAUUCCAAUCUAGUUGGAGCUCCGAUGAGUUUCCGGGUCGGGUUGAGAUGAUUUUUAAAGUCGAAAACGGGUCAAGAGCUGUGACCCGGUUUGAGGAAUACAGAGAGGCUGUGAAAUCGCGAUCGCGUAAGGAAUUGGGUUCCGAUGACGUCGACGGCGGCGCGUGUGACGAAGACGCGAGGUGUUCGGCUGAUGGGAAUGAGAUGAUGAGAUUUUUUCCGAUGGGUCCGAUUCCGGGUGGGAUUAACGGCGGCGCGUGGGUUUUUCCCGGGGGUAAAGGAGCGGCGGUUUGUACGUUUUCAGGGAGCGGUGAAGCGCACGCGAGCACAGGCGGAGGAGGAGGGAGGAGAGCUAUGUUGAUUUGUAGAGUAAUAGCAGGUCGGGUUGCGAAGAAAGGUGAAUUCGGGUCGGAUUCAGUAGCGGGUCGAGCUGGUGAGUUGAUUGUCUUCGAUGCACGCGCCGUGUUGCCUUGUUUCCUAAUCUUUUUCAGAUUGUAAAAAAUAAAAAUAAAUAAUUAUAACAAAAAAAACAGAAUUUUAAAUUUUAUAUAAUUUGGUUCCUUUUUUUUU